AUGGAAAGGAGAUAUUACCUUAAGAAAAACGAUAAGAUAUUUAAAAAAGUUAAUAUUGAGGAUAUAUUAAAAUUGAUUAAUAAUAAUGAAAAUGGGAUAAGGGAUAAUAUUAUGCUUAUUCUUUACAUAUGUAACAAUCUGGAGGAGGAUCACUUAAAUUAUAUAUAUGACGAUGUGCUUAUUUUAUAUCUCAAGUUAUUACCCAUAUUAGAAAAGGAAUUAUUAGAAAAAGGGGAAGAUAGGAAUAUGGAAAAUGAAAAGAAUAGAAGAAACAAACAUGUAUACAUUAAAAAAGAUGAUGUUGAGGAUGAAUAUUUCAUAAGAAUGAAAAGAAGAAUUUUAAAAUAUAAUUAUAUCAUAUUGCAUUUGUCUUAUUUUGUAAGUUUGAAAAAAAAGAAAAACAAAAUUGAAACAUUGAAAUUGUUUUUGUAUUAUAUACAUAUGUUAACAUUUUUAUCUUUGAGAAAAUAUAUACAAAUUAGAAAUAUUGUACAUAUAUAUAAUACUCAAAAUAAGCAUAAUAUAAAUGAUACUGAUUAUAUAAAUGAUACUGAUUAUAUAAAUAAUAUGGAUUAUAUAAAUAAUAUUGAUUAUAUAAAUGAUACUGAUUAUAUAAAUAAUAUGGAUUAUAUAAAUAAUAUGGAUUAUAUAAAUAAUAUUGAUUAUAUAUAUAAUGUAUCCAAAUUUAAAAAUGGGAAACUUAUAAAAAAUAUACAAAAAUCUCAUAAUACAAAUCACAAGGGUGGAAAAACUUAUGAGAAUCAAGAAAAUGUUGUAUCGUUUUAUUUGUUGUAUAUAAAUAUUUUAUUAUCAUUCCUUAUAUAUGUGUAUAAAUUUAAAAUAUGUAAUUUUGUAUUAAAUAAGAUUGAAUUUAUACACAUUUCUAAAUAUACGAUAUAUAUUAUUUUAUUAUUUAAUCAUAUAAGAAAAGAAAAUACUGACAUGGAAAAACACUUUUUAUGUUUUUAUGAUUAUGUAUAUGAAGUAAUGGUUCUUUUCUUGGAUCAAUAUUAUCAUUAUUAUUAUAGUAUAUAUAACGAGGGAAAUAAUAAUAUAAUAAAAAAAAGAAAUAACAAAAUAAUAAAAAAUAAGAACAAUAAUAAUAAUAUAAUAUCCUUUUGUGCUUAUUAUAAAAAGGUAAUUUUCUUCUUAUUCUCUUAUUUGGAAAGGUUUAAGGUUUUGAAAUAUAUAGAGAAAUACAUUAUGAACAAGAAGAAAAAUAUUUUAUAUAAUAUAACAUUAUUAAAUAUAAUAAGAAAUACCAUUCAUAUUCAUUUUUUUGAUAAGUCUUUAUACAACACAAAGGAUGAUUACAUUAAUUUUUAUUCCUUGCGAUUAAAAAGUGAAGAGUUAAUAAAAGAAGAAAAUCAAGAAAUUGGUAAGAUACAUGUUGGGAAUUCAAAUUAUAUAAACAAUAUGUGUCAUAAGAAGAAUAGGAAUGAUAUAUGUCUUAAUUAUUAUAAUAUAAAUAAUUUAUUGUUUUUGAAAUUAUUAAAUGUGUGCGAAUUAUUAUUAAUUAAGAAAAAGAACUAUAAAUAUCAAGAUAAUAUUGUAUAUAGAAAUAAGAAUAGAAAUGAUUUAUAUUUAUGUAUAUACAUAUAUGAGAAUAUUAUUAGCAUAACAAAGAAAACAAUAGAAUACAUGAUAGGUUUUAUUAAAAAUGAAGAAGAUAUAAUAAUAAAUGUUGAGGCAUGUAAUAAAUAUAUAUGUUGUAGAUUAUUUUUUUUGUUUGAAUUUUAUUUUAAUAUUAUUGUAUAUAUAUUAAAUAUAAAAUAUAAGAAUAAUAUGGAACAUAUUGUUUGUAAUAAUAAUAAAAAGAAUAAUAAAAUAGAUGUUGUAAAUAAUUGUAUUCUUGAUAACGUUUAUAUUAAAUAUUUCUUUGAAUGUUCUUUAUAUUAUAUAUAUGAAAUUUAUAUAUUACUAAUAUUAUCGUUCCGUUGUAUACAAAACUUUGAGAAUGUUCUGAACGAAAAUCACGAUAUGUUUGAUUUUUUAAAAAAAAUGUUAAUUAUUAAAAGGAUAGAGAAUAAUUAUAUAUUUAUAAAUAAUCUUACUACUUUGAUAGUACACUUUUUUUUUUGGUUACCUUCAAAAAAUGAGAAAAAAAAAAAAAAUAGAACACAAAAUAAAGAUGUAAUACAAAAAAAAAAAACAAAGGAGAAGCAAAAGAAUUUAUAUACAUAUUCUUCCUUUCGUUUAUCUAAUAGAAUGUAUUUCUUUAACAUGUUGAAUAUUCAGAAUAAAAGGUUGAAUCGCUUUUUAAAAAAUAUAGAUACACUAUAUCAUAGGAAGAAAUAUAAUAAUGUAGUGGUUAUUAUAAAAAAUGUUAAUAAAUAUGAAAAUGUUGAUUUUUGUGUAUAUGAAAGAUAUUGUAGUGAUAUGUUCAUCAAUCCUAAGAAAAGAAAUAAUUACACUGUACAUAAUAAUAUAUCCUAUGAACAUGAAAGGAAAAAUAAUAAUAAUAAGAUAUUUUUUAAUAAAGAGAGAGGUUUUUAUAUAAACAUAAAUAGUUAUGUUAAAUAUAUAUACAAUAUUUAUAAUGAAAAAAAUGAUGAUUUAUACUUAAAUGUGAGUAAAACAAAAAAAAGUAAUAUUCUUAUGGAAAAGAAGAAUCAAAUCAAGAUAAAUUUAAUUAAUUAUAAUAGCAAUUGCCAUAGUAAUUGCCAUAGUAAUUACCAUAGUAAUUACCAUAAUAAUAAUAAUAAUAAUAAUGACAAUGAUAGGAUGAUGAAUAUAAAUAAUUUUAGUGUAUAUGAUUAUUACUUUAAAAACAGAGAUGAAUAUUAUAGAAAAAUACAUUUUAAUUUUUUAAUUAAUUCUAUAUUAAAAAAAUAUAAAGAAAGAAAGACAUACAUCCCAAAUUAUAAUCAUUGUAAAAAUUUUCUACAAAUGUAUAUUAACAAGGUACAUUAUUAUGGAAACAGCAUAUUUAAUAGUAAACAUAUCUUUAAGAAUAACAUUUAUACGUUUAUAAAAAUGAAUGUUAAUAAAAAAAAAAGGGAUGAGACGUUAGAAAAUUUGGUACCUUUGAAGAAGAGAUUCUAUGUGCAAUCAAGAAAAAGUAUGAAUGAAAAAAUGGUGAGUGUUGGGUAUAAUAUUUAUAAGAAAAUAAACAAUAAUGAAAAUAAUGAUGAUGAUGAUGAUAAUAAUGAUGAUAAUGGUGAUAAUAUUAAUGAAAAUAAUGAUGAUAAUGAUGAUGGCAAUAAUAAUAAUAGUAGCGAUUAUAUCCAUAAGAAAAGAUGUAGUUCAAAAUAUAACCUAUUUAACAAAAUAUAUAAUAAUAAAAUUGAUUAUAUAAGAAAUGAAGAUGUUUAUUUUAAUUUUUUAUUUAACAUACAUUAUCUUCAUAACUUAAAUGAUCAUAUGAAUGAAUACCUUUUAUUAAAAAAGAAAAAAAACAAAACAAAAAGAUUUUUUUCUAUAUCUUUAAAUAUAAAAGAACGUCUGUGGGGGAAAACACAAAAUCAUAAAAGCGCUAAAGAUGAUAAAGAGAACGAAGAAAAGAUAAAGAAACUUAAGAAAAGUAAUAAGAUGAAGAAAUUAUAUGAAGACAAUAUAAAAGAUAAUAAUUUACGUGGUUGUUUACAAAAAGAGAAAAAAAAAAUAAAAAGUUGUAUUUUUAAAAAGUUAUGUAAUUCUAGUAUAAAAGAUGAAGAUAUUCUUUAUUUCUUAUUUAUUAAUUAUAAUUAUUGUAUAUUAAAUUAUAAAAAUAAUAAAAAGUUAAAACUUUUUUUAUUACACAUUCUAGAUAUAUUUGCAUCCUUAAUAUGUUAUAUGAAUAUAUAUAAAUACAUAUGUUCCUUUUUAUUAUUUCUUAUAUCGUAUAUUGAGAGGAAACCAAUAGAAUAUUUGUAUCUUUCUGAAAUUUUUAAUGGUGUCUAUAAUGAGCAGUAUAUAAUAAGAUCCUAUUCAAAGGACGACCAUGCAAAUGGGAAAAAUAAUAAUAAAAAAAAAAAUAAUAAAAUAAUAAUAAUAAAAAAUAAUAAUAAUAAUAAUAAAAAAAAAAACCAUCAUCAUAAUAAUAUUAAUCAUAAUAAUAUUAAUCAUAAUAAUAUUAAUCAUAAUAAUGUAGCGAAUCAGUUUGUACAAAGUGAAGACAUAAAAAAAAUUAUAAAAAAUGUAAAAUGUGAUAGAAUAUUUUCCGAUUUUAAUGGGAAAGAUUUGUCAAAGGAGGAGAAUAAUUUUGCUUACAUUAAAAAUAAAUCCAAUGAUAAUAUAAGGAAAAGAAGAAAUUAUUUUUAUGAAAACAUUAAUGUGAAUAAUAUAUUAUUUAAUAAUAUAAAAAUGAAUGAAUAUGAUUAUAUAGAAAAGGAUGUAUUAGAUUAUAUGUUCCGUAUAAAAGAAGCAAGAAACAAUAAAUUACAUAACAUGAAAAAUGAUGAUAACAAUAUUUUGGAUGUGCGUUAUACUAUAUUUUAUAAAAAUAAUAAAAUAAUAAUAAAAAUAUUUUUAGAAAUUAUUGAAAAAAUAAAAAUGAUUUUAUGUUGUAAUAUAUUUGAUUAUUUAUAUAAAAAUAAAAGAACAUAUGGAAAAUAUGUAAGUUUGCUUUCUUUUUAUUUUUAUAAAUUUUAUUUUGUAUUAAUACAUGAGGAGAUAUGUUUCAAUAGAACCAAGAACAAUAAAUAUAAUUCUAUAUAUAGAGAUAUAGAAAGUUACAUUAAUAUUAGAGAUGUUAGUAGUAGUAGUAGUAGUAGUAGUAGGGUUUACAAACAAAGCAAAAAGGAUAAUAAUGGUGAUAACUGUUGUUAUAAUUAUGAGUACAUGUGUUCAUUUUAUAAAAGCGUUAUGCUUAUAAAAAGUAAAAUUAUAGAAAUAACACCUAUACUUUCUAUAAAAUAUUUAACAAAAUGUGAUUUGUACAAUAUAUGUAAGCAUGAUAUAUUGAUUGGAUUAAAGGAUAAAGAUUAUAAGGGAAAUACUAAAAAUAGGAAGCCAUAUGAUGUUAUAAAAAAUAAAAGUGAUGUUAUUAAAAAUGAAAGUGAUUAUAUUAAUAUUCCAAAUGAUUUUAUUAAUAUUCCAAAUGAUGUUAAUAUUUUUAAUAAUGUUAAUAUUCCAAAUGAUGUUAAUAUUUUUAAUAAUGUUGAUGGGUUCCAGGGUUAUCCCCAUUAUUACGAUUUCAUAAGUGAAGAUAAUUUAAAAAAGUUAUACAUAUUGAUCAUAUAUUAUAUUGAAGGUUUACGAAAAAAAGAGAACAUAUUAUUUAGCCUAUAUUUAUUGAUAGACAAGAAUGUAUAUAGAGAUAAAUAUUUACAUAAACAUAUAAAGAAUUUAAUAAAAUAUAAAAUAUAUAGGUAUAUAAACGAAAUGAAUUAUUUUAAUGAUUAUGAUAUGAUAUAUUCAAUAUAUUUUGUAUUAAUAAAUAUAAUGAAUUUUAAUAAAAUGAUAAGAAAUUAUUUAUAUUAUAUUUUUGACAACAUAUGUAAGAUAAAAUUAAAUAUUAUAUUUGACAAAUCUUAUUUAUUUUGUUUUUUAAAGAAUCUUGAAAAGAGUAGUUAUGAUUAUGCUUAUACAAAAAUCUUAUAUGAUGAAAAGAAUAUUUUAAAAAAUGAAAUAGAUAAGAAAAAAAAUAAAAUGAUAAAAAUUAUAUAUAAAGUGAAUUUAUAUGUAACUAUAAAUUAUUUAUUAUAUUUUAAAAUAUUGAAUUCAUGUAAAUUAUAUUUAUAUUUAUAUUCUUACUUUUAUUAUGAAUUCUAUAUUUAUUCUUUUAAAAAAUAUAUUAAGAAAUAUAAUGUAUAUUUUUAUUUUGAGCGUAUGAAAAAGUAUGUACCUACUUCAAAUACAUACAACAUUACAAAAAAAAAAAAAAAAAGCACGGAAAAUAUAACCAUGAGGAAUAAUAAAAUGAAAAAUAUAAACGAAAAAAAUGUAGGUGAAAAAAUUAUAGAUAGAGUAACUAUAUCGGACAAUAUUAAAAAUAAUAUAUGUAAUAAGAAAUUAUUUUCAUCAUCCCAUGAUAAUAUAUUGGAAAAAUCAAAUGAUAUGAAAGGAUUGUAUAAAAUGGAUAAUGUAGAUGUUAGAUCCUCCCAUGGAAUCCGAUUUUUUGAGAAAGAGAGCAUGUGUCUUUCGGAUGAGCACAUGAUGGAUGAUGAUAAAAAAGGGAAUUUAUCACAUGAACGGAAAUAUAAAAAGACAGAUGACAAUAUAGAAAAUAUUGAAAGUAUUGAAAAUAUAGAAAAUAAAGAAAAUAAAGAAAAUAUUGAAAAUAUAGAAAAUAUAGAAAAUAAAGAAAAUAUAGAAAAUAUAGAAAAUAAAGAAAAUAUAGAAAAUAUAGAAAAUAUAGAAAAUAAAGAAAAUAUAGAAAAUAUAGAAAAUAUAGAAAAUAUAGAAAAUAAAGAAAACAUUGAAAACAUUUUUAAUAUUGAAAACAUUUUUAAUAUUGAAAACAUUUUUAAUAGUUGUAGUAAUAAUAAUGCGAAGAAGAAGAACAAAAUAGACACUGCAAAUAUAAUUAAUGAUGACAAAGAUGAGGUUGAUAAAUAUAGUAUGGUGGUACGACAAAAUAAUAAAAAGAUAAGGAAUAAAAAUUUGACGAAUAGGAAGAAAAGGAAUUCUACUUUUUUUUUAAGAGAAGAUAAUAAUAAGUUGAACGAAUUUUUUGAUAUAAUACAGAAUAAUAAUAAUUAUAAUAAUAAAAAUAAUGAUAAUUAUAUGAAGAUAUUAAGAAAAGCAAAAGCUAGCAAUACAUAUAUAUAUAAUAUAUAUGAUAUAAAAAUAAAUAAACAAAUAAUAUAUCAUAAGAAAUAUUUUAAAGAAUAUAUAAAUAUUAUUACUUUUGUUAUAUGUAUAUUUUUAUGUACUAAUAUUAAUAAUUUAAAUAUGAGUAUACUAAAUCAUAAUUAUAUAUAUUUUAUAUCAAAAAUUAUUAAAAAAAAUUUCAAAUUUUAUUUUUUUUAUUUUUAUUAUAAUAUAUUUAAAAAUAAACAAAAAUCCAAUAGAUAUAAAAAUAUUUAUAAUAUGAAUUUCCAUGUAAUAUUAAAUAAUAAUAUACCCAAUUAUGUAUCUGUAUCUAAAAUAAAUAUCAAGAAUAAAUAUAUUUAUGUUUUAUAUACUCUAUCAUGUAUUCUAUCAGUAUAUAAUUUUCAGUAUGCAUUAUUUAAUUAUUAUUUUUUUUUCUUUUAUAAAUAUAUUAAAAUAUUAUCAAAAUUUUCUGCUAAGUCUGUUUCUACAUGUAACCUCAUGAUUAAUAUUUGUUUAUCGGAACCUAUGGAUAUAUUACAUAAGGAAGAAGAAGGAGAUGAAGAGAAUAUAAGAAAGGACAAAAUAAAUAAAAACAAAUGUAAUAAAGAUACAUAUGAUGAUGAUGAUAAUAAUAGUAAUAAUAUGAAAGGUUGGGAAAGGAAAAAGUUCUAUUUAUUUCAUAAUUCUAACGAAGAAGAAAAAAUUAGGAAACCUAAUUUUAAUAAGAAAAAGAAAGGGAAGAAAAUAAAAAGAAGGAAUACAUAUUAUGAAAAGGGAUUUAGUUUUUGCGAUAUAUUAAUGAUAAAAUAUUAUAUGAGGAAAUAUGUAAGACUAGAAUUUGUUAAUAUAGAUAAUAUAUUAAAAAAUAAAAUAUUAAGCAAUAUGAAAAUUUUAGAUAUGUAUGUAAAAUAUAUUAAUAAUACCAUAUUAUUAUAUAUAUUUGUUAAUUAUUUAAUAUAUAUAUAUAACAAUAUUACAAUAAAAAAGAAAAAAGGAAAUUUCAAAAAAGAAGAAAAAAUUAAAAGAUUAAUAAAAUAUAAAUUAAAUAUAUUAGAAACAUAUAAAUAUUAUUUAAUGAAAAUUAUUAUUGAUAUAUAUUUAUUAAAUAUAUCUUAUUUAUGUAAUUAUAUAAUUAUUGUUUUAGAUUUCUUUUUUAUUUUUGGGGAUUCGUUAUUUAGUUUAAAUUGUUAUAAUCAUAAUAUAUUAACAGAUGUAAAAUUCGCUUAUAGAAACCAAUGUCAAUAUUAUAUAAAUAAUUUUUUUAAUAAAUUACAAAACGUAAAUACAAUGUAUCAUGUUCAUUUUUAUAAAAGUUCGAAUUUGUAUUUUCAUGACUAUAAAAAGAAAAAGAAAAAUAACAAGCACAAUCGUAAUCCAAAUUGUAAUCAUAAUAUAAAUAAUAAUGCAAAUAAUAAUCCAAAUUGUAAUCAUAAUAUAAAUAAUAAUGCAAAUAAUAAUCCAAAUUGUAAUCAUAAUAUAAAUAAUAAUCCAAAUUGUAAUCAUAAUAUAAAUAAUAAUCCAAAUUAUAAUCCAAAUUGUAAUCCAAAUUGUAAUCCAAAUUAUAAUCAGACGAAGAUAAAAAUGAACACAAAUAUGAUGAUAAAAAACAACUUUAAUUUGAACUUUCACAAUAAUGAAAACGAAAUAUCUAAAAGUAAUAUUUAUAAUACAUAUCCAUAUGAAGAUAUAAUUCAUCAGAAUAAUGACAUUUCAUGUAACAACAAUAUUAUUAUGUUAAAAGAAAAAAAUGGAACCAAUUCUUUAAAUAAUUUUUUUGUACAACCCAACAUUUCUUCUUGUUUAGAUAAAAAUAAUAACUCAGAUGAUAAUAUUAGUAUUGUAGAUGAAUAUAUUUAUAAAGAUUGUUUUAUAGAAUUAAAGAAUAUUUUAAAAAAGAAAAUGAAAGAAUAUAUUAUUAAUUAUUAUAAUAGAAAUAUUAAGAAUAUAUAUUAUCUUUUCAUAUGUUUUAAUGAUAUAAAUAAUAUUAUUUUAUUUUUAAAUUUAUAUAUUAAUAAAUAUAUUCAUUUGAAAGAUAAAUAUAAUAAUAUAAACAUUCAAUGUAUUAAUAAUAUCUAUUUAUAUAAUUCGAAAUUAUUAAAAAUUAAUUAUAAUUUUAUAUGUAUUCUAUAUUUAAGUUUGAUAUAUAUAUAUAAUUAUAUUCUAAAAUUUUUUCAUUCAUAUAGUCAUUUUGUUGAAUUGUAUUCAAAAUAUAAAUAUAAUUAUUUUAUGUAUACCAACAAAAGAAAUAAUUUUUUUACAUUCUAUAAUAUUUAUACAUAUUUGAAUACAAGUAAAAAUAAGUUGGAUCCUCACAUCGACAAGAUAAAUAAUGAAAGCAGUAAUGAUAAAUAUUAUCAUAAUAAUAAUCGUGGUGGUAAUGAUUUAUAUGAUGAAAUUACAAACAUAUGUAUAAGACACAUUUAUGAUUUUAAUAAAUUAUUAUUACAGAAAAGUUUUUUAUUCCUUUCUUUUUUUUUCUAUAAUUAUAAAAAUAUACUCUCAGAUAUAUAUUGUUAUAAUUGUACACAUAAAUAUUCUUUAGGUUCUCAGCAUGAUAAAGAUGUUUUAAAUAUUGAUAUUUCACAAUUAAAUGAACACCAGCAGGGACAUAAAAAUAAAAUCAAGUUCAAAAAAAAAAAAGAAAUAAAUAAUAUGGAACAUAUAUAUGAUGAUAAUAAGGGAAGGAAAAAUAUAUCAUCAUCGCUAGAAUUGUUUGAUCAACAUGUAUAUCAAAAUAAUAUAGAAAAUAAUAAUAAUAAUAAUAAUAUUAAUAAGUCUAAUAAACAUAAGAUCCAUAUAGAUCAAAUACCAUCCAAGAAUUACCACACAGUAGAUGCUAAUAAAAAGGAGAUCAACAAAAUUUCAUAUAAUCUUUUAUCCUAUUUUAAAAGAAAAAUGAAUAUAUUUAAAAAUAAAAAUAAAAAUGAUAUAAGCAAUACUAUCCAUAGUCGUCAUAUACAACAUGGUGAUAAUAAAAAUAUGGAUGCUUCUUCAUAUAAGGAAUUAGUAAAAGAGAAAGAAGAAAAACAUAAGAAAAAUGAAUAUAAAAUGAAGGACUAUGAAAAAAUAGAUUCGCAUCAUAUAGAUAGUAUCAAGAAAAAGAAAAAAGAAAAAAAGAAAAAAAAAAAUGAAAAGAAUGAUAAAUAUAAUAAAAAUUCAAAUGAACUUGUAGGAACAAGGGGAGAUGUAUAUCUAGAUGGUACUACACAUGAAUUUACAAAAAUAUAUAGUAAUGAUUAUGAUGAGGAGGAAAAGGAUGAGGAAGAGGAGUAUUAUACACUUAAUAAGAAGAAAAAGAAAACUUUUAAUAGAAAAAAGAAAAAAAAGAAAAAAAAAAAAAAAAGAACAAAACAUAUAAAACAAGAAAGAUAUAUAGAAUAUCAUAGUGAUAAAGAAGAAGAUUUUUCUUUAUUAAAAAACAAAGAAGAAGAUACGCUUUUAAUAAAUGCAUAUAAAUAUAUGUUAGAUUAUAAAAAAAAAAAUAAAAAAAAAAUAUAUGAUUAUAAUUUAAAAGAAUAUUUAAAUUGUAUGUGUAUUAAUAAAUAUAUAUAUAUUUGUAAUUUAAUAUAUAAUUGUUUAAUAUAUAUAUUACAAAUAAAAUAUACAUAUAAUGAAAAAAAGAAAAAAAAAAUUGCCUUCUUUUCAUCCCUUGGUAGUUUCCAAAAAAUAAAAAAUUCAUUUUCUUUAUAUAAUGAUGGUAUUAAUAAAAAUUAUAUUAUAAUCAAUACGAAGCAUUUAUUAAAUCUGGAUUUUGUGAUUCUCCAUAUUUUAAGUUUAUUAGAGAAUAUAUAUAUUAAUCUAUAUAAAUGUAAAUUAUUUACAGAUAUGUGUAUAUUUAAUAAUAUUAAAUAUAUAUGUUUAGAAAAUAAAGAAUUAAAAAAAAAAAAUAAAGACCAAAGUCAAAACAAAAUGAAAAAAGUGAAACAAAUUUUUGUACAACAUCAAAAAAAAAAAAAAUAUCUAAAUGGAAAUGUGGAGAAAAUAUCCCAAGGUAAUUAUGAAAGUGAUUUGGAUUAUUAUUUGUCGGAUGCUUUAUAUUCAUCAGGAAGUGUAUAUAAUAUACCUUUGUAUAAUAGAAGGGAGACGAAAAAGUAUGUAAAAGAUUUGAAAAAUUAUGAUGAUAAUGAUGAUGAUAAUGAUGAUGAUAAUGAUGAUGAUAAUGAUGAUGAUAAUGAUGAUGAUAAUAAUGAUGAUAAUAAUGAUGAUAAUAAUGAUGAUAAAUAUGAUGAUAAAUAUGAUGAUACAUAUGAUGAUAAAUAUGAUGAUACAUAUGAUGAUAAUAUAAAUAUUCCUUCAUGUGAUGAAAAAAAGAAUAAAAAUGAUGAUCACAUAAAAGUUAUGUUGUCAAAUUAUAAUCUAAAAAAAAAUAAUAAAUAUACAGACAAAAAUCAUCUUGUUUUAAAUAAUAAGAACCAUGAUGAUAACAAAUGUGAAACUUUUUUAAACACGUCUAAUAUAAAAGAUAAGAAUGAGAAUACAUUUAAUUAUUGUGAACCGAAAAAAAAAAACACUCGACGUACUAGUUUAAUGAAUGAAUAUUAUAUUCCAAAAAAAAAAAAAAAAAAAGGAUACAAAUUGUCAAUAAAUGUAAAGGCUAUUUCGAUUAAAGACAAUAUGAAUAAUAAAAAUGAAGAAUUUGAUAAUGUUUUAUCGAAUAAAAAAGAAAUUAAAAAAAAAAAUAAUAAUAAGAUUAUUAAAAAAAACAAGAAGAAAAAAAAGAUAAAUGAUAUAUCUUUAAUAAAUUUUCAGAAUUAUAAAAUAUUAAGAGAUAAUUAUAAAAAGAAAAUUAAUAAAAAGUUAAAGAAGAAAAAAAAAGAAUUGUAUUAUUAUAAAAAUAUAUAUUAUUAUAAUGUAAAGAAAAAAAAAAGUAUCUAUAAUAAAAAAAAUAAAUGGAAUAAAUUUUUUUCAAAUAUUUUAUUUUUUAAACAUAAAAAUAAGAAUCGUCAAAAUAAUAACAAUGGUAUUAUUAAUAAUAAAAAAAAAAUAAAUAACAAGAAUAAUAAUAAUAAUAAUAAUAUUAAAAAAAAUAUCCAUAACAAUUUACAUAGGCAUCACUAUAAAAAGAGCACCGUAAAUAGAAAUAUAGGAAUUAAUAAUUUAUUUGUUAAAUACCAAUCGAAAACCAUAAAGAAUAAAAAUAUAAACAAACUAUUAAAAUUAGAUACAGACAAAGAAGAAAAUAUAGAAAGGAUAAAACAUUUAUUUAUAACAUUUAAUUAUAAUAAAGAAAAGAAAAUUAAUAAUUAUAUACAUAAUAUAUUUACAUAUAGUUCUUUAUAUUCAAAUUUUAAUAUUUGUCCAAAAAAAAAUAUAGAUAUAUUAAAUUAUCAUAUAAAAGUAAGAAGGAACUUAUUAAAAUUAUUAUAUUCCAUUUAUUAUAGACAUAAUUUAUCAGUAAUUUAUAAAAUUUAUAAAAAGAUAGAAUAUAUAUACACAUAUUUAAAUAUAUCUUUUUAUAAUAAUUUAUAUGAAUUCAAUAUGAAAGAUAUAAAUGAGAAUAUUGAUAUAUAUUCUUUAUUUCUUAUUAUUAAGUAUUUAAAAUAUCAUAUAUAUAGUAAUCAGAAAUUAUUUAAUACAUUUAUUGUACUUAUUAUUAAUUAUAUUAAUACAAAUAUACAUAAAGUAACCAAUUUUUUGUGUAUGUAUGAUUAUUCAGAUUUAUUAAAUAUACUUAAUCAUUAUAUAAUAAAUAUUGAUAUAAAUAAUAAAUUGACAUUCAAUAAAUAUAAUCUAUAUAUAUUAAGGAAAAAUAAAAUAACAUAUGUACCUAUAUCCAAUAUAUUAUUUUUACAUUGUAACCAAUUCCGUUUAAAUGAUAUAAUAAAAAUUUUAUAUAGCCAUCCUCAAUAUACCCUAUUUUUAAAAAGUAUAGCUGUAAAUAAUUUAUUAUAUUUGUAUAAGAAAAACACCAUAACAAAUACUAUGUAUUUACAAUUAUUUGAAUAUUUAAAAGUGGAUUUAGGAAAUAGAAUAUUCUUCUUUAUAAUAUUCUUUUCAUUUCAUUCUUUUCAGUUCUUGUAUCAAUUUUUUAUGAACAUGCAAAGUUAUAUAAGGAAUGAAUACAUUGGAAAUGAUAUAAUUUAUUAUAAUAGUCCUAAUAAUUUUAACAAAGAACCAACAGAAAAUAAAAAUAUUAUACAUAAAUAUGAACAGACUCAUGACAAAUCAUUAGAAUUAGCUUUAAAUACAAAUCAUGAUCAUAAGGAAAAUAAUAUUUUAUGUAUACAUGAAAAUAAUACGAUGAAUGAUAUAUUAUUUAAGAAAGAAUUAUUUGUUAAAAAAAAAAACUUUUUUAAAGAUUUCUUUCUUUUUUUUAUGGUUAAGAAAAAUAGUUUAUUAUUAUUAUCAAAUGAUUAUAAAGAUAAAAAAAAUACAAAUAAUAGCAUAAAUAUUAAUAAUUUCAUUUUUUAUAAAUAUCAAGGUUAUGUUAAGAAAACACAUGUCUUAUCAUUAAAAUGUUCACUUAUUAAAAAAUUAUUCUUAGAAAAUUUACAUGAUAAAUAUAAAAAUAUGUUAUUUGAAUCGUGUUGCUUUCAUAACACAAUCUUUUGUAUAAGUCAACAAGCAUCAAAACUUAAUAAAGAUAUACAAAUGGAUUAUGUUAAAAUGGAAAUUCAAAACUUAAUAAAUAAUACAAAUAUCAAUAAAUUAAAAUUAUUAACAAGCAAUAAUAUGGUAAAAAAUGUUUCAGAUAAUAUCAAAAUAUUGAUGUCAGCUACACGUUCUCCUCUUUUUUUAACGUUCAAAACGAUCCCUCCUAGUUUAAACCAAUUAUUAUUUGUCCAUCCUUUUGUUCAAAAUAAUCAUGCGCAACAUAAUUCCAUAAAUAUAAAUGUUCAUAAUAUUAUUAAUCAGCUAACAUUCAAAACAAUUUCUCCUAAUUUAAAUCAAUUAUUAUAUGUCCAUCCUUUUGCUCGAAAUAAUAACAUAAAUACAAAUCGUAAUAAUACUGACCAAAUAAAUAUGUAUAUGAUGAAUAGUCAGUUGAAUAGCCAACAUUAUGACAAAAAAAUUAUAAAUAAUUUGUCAUUUAUUAACACUCAAGAAUUUACUCAAACAAAUCAACAUAUAAAUGAUAUAAAAUGUAAUUCGUGUUCAAAUGGUAUAAAUAUGGAUGAAAAUGAGGGAAAUAUAAUAAAUGAAGGGAAUAUAAUAAACGAACUGAAUUAUAAUAAAGAAAAUGUAAAAAAUGACCUGAAUUAUAAUAAAGUACAUAUUAUAAAUGACCUGAAUGAAAAUAAAGAAAAUACAACAAAAGACAUGAACUGUUCAGGCAAAAUAAUGGAAGAAGAUGAAAUGAAAGAAAAAGAAGAUAAUGAUGAGGAAAAGGAAAAAAUAUUUGAAGAUAUAUCUUAUAUAUAUAAAGUGAAUGAUGAUGUAAGACAAGAUAAAUUGGUAAUUCAAACGAUAUAUAUUUUUAUUCAUAUUUUGAAUGAAUAUAAGUUAUGUUAUAAUUUAUUUCCUUAUAACAUUAUAACAAAUAAAUUUGUUAAUAUAUAUUCUUCGAAUGAGGAGGAUGAAAAGGAUGAGAAAAAAUGGACCAUUGGAGCUAGCCAAAAAAAAGAAAAAAAAAAAAGAAAAAACAAAAGUGCAACAACACCAAAAAAAAAUAAUAAGGUGCCUAAUAAUGAUGAUCAAAUUGAUGAUAAGAGAAAGUUUUCUUUUUCUUUUAAUUUGUUUAAGAAAAAGAGGCAAGGUAAAAAUAUUUAUAAUAAAGAGAAGGGGGAAAAAAACAAAGAGAAAAUUAAUACUGCCAUAAAUGUUAAUAUUAACAAUGAUGAUAAGAUUAAUAAUAUGAAUUAUGAGGUGAUUAUUGAGAAUGAUACUUUGUUAAAUGUUAAAAACUGUAAUACUCAUAAAGAUGAAGAUAAAAUUGUUACAUAUUAUGAAAAUGAAGACUCGGUUACUGAACACGAAUUUAUUGGACAUUCAAGAAAUAUGCAUAUAUCAAAUGUAAAAAAAAAGAAAAAGAAAAAGAAUAAAUUUGAAAACUUUGGUGCGGUUAUUGAGGUUUUAACAAAUACGAAAAGUAGACAUGAUAUAGGAAAGAAAUAUCAAAAUAUAAUAAAAUUUUAUCAUUUGAAAUAUUCUAAUAUUAUUGUAUAUAUAUAUGCAUUGAAGAAUUUUAUUAGUUCGCUAGCUGCAUAUUCUUUGCUCUCUUUCAUUUUACAAGUGAAGGAUAGACAUAACGGAAAUUUAUUAUUUGACGAUAACGGAAAUAUAAUACACAUUGAUUUUGGAUAUAUAUUAAAUAUAUACCCAGGUAUAUCAAUUAAUUUUGAACUUGCCCCAUUUAAAUUAACAAGAGAAAUGAUUAUGCUUUUAACAAUAAAAAGUCAGAAAAAACAGUAUUUUAUUUUUUCCUACAUUCAACUAGUAGUCAAAGGAUAUUUAUUAUUAAGAGAAAAGAGCGACUGGUUAAUUUCAUCCAUUUUGAGUUUGUCACAUUCAGAUAUAAACUGCUUUAAAUAUAACACAGUUGAAAAGUUGAGGAAACGCCUAAAAUUAAAUAAAAAUGACAACGAUGCGAGUAUAUUUAUGAUAAAUAAAAUACAUCAAGCAUACAAUAACAUAACAACAAUUUUGUAUGACUACAUUCAAAAUAUCCAACAAGGCAUUCAAUGA